ACCUUCAUAGAUCUGCAAUACAGACUGCACAUGUUUAUUAUAUAGGUAGCAAGGUUGGAACGCGUCCAACCCUUUUUACCUUCUACAUCACUUUCCCAUGUCUCCACAACAGAAAGCUCUUGUUCUUCCUCGUAAGCAGGGCAACUUUGAGCUCAGCUCCCGCAGUAUCCCCAGUCCUGGCUACGGGCAGCUCCUGGUGAAGAUACAAUCUGCAGCUCUGAAUCCAUUUGACUACAAGAUCACGGACACAGAUUAUGCUCAUUACCCUGUCGUUCUGGGAAUGGAUAUUGCUGGCAUUAUCGAGGAACUAGGCGAGGGUGUCCACAAUUUCAGCAAAGGCGAUAGAGUAUUGGCGCACUGCAAGUUCACUAAUGACUUUACUGCAUUUCAGCAGUAUGCUUUGACCGUAGCGAGCUUUACAGCAAAGAUUCCUGCAAGCGAGUCCUUCGAUAGCGCAGCUACUGUUCCUCUGGGAUUAGAUACUGCUGUUGUGGGCUUGUAUGGAGAUCAAUUCGGAGCCAAGAUAACACCUCCCUGGGAGGAAGGCUCCGGCGGUCACGAAUCAAAGAAACCAAUUGUUAUCCUUGGCGGUUCUUCCUCUGUGGGUGCAUACACUAUCCAACUCGCUCGUCUGUCGGGAUUUUAUCCCAUCAUCACUACAGCCUCUCCGAGCAAUGAAGAGCUUGUCAAGGGCUACGGCGCAACUCAUUUCUUUGAUCGCAGCCUUUCCGGAAAACAACUUCUGGCGGCCAUCAGCGAAGUUACUGACGACCCUAUCAACCUUGUUUAUGAUGCCAUCUCGUUGCCAGAAACGCAGUCUGUUGCAUGGGAAUUGCUUGCGGACAAUGGCACUCUCGUAUUAACCCUUCCUGCAUCAGUCAAGGAAGAUGAAGGCAAGGGGCGCAGGGUCGUUUCGACCUUAUCAUACCCACAUACCCCCGAAAAUGAGGAGCUGUGCAGCAGCUCCUGGGCCAGGGUCGAAAAGUGGCUUUCAGAUGGUACUAUAAAGCCGAACAAGUAUGAAGUCCUCCCGAACGGACUUGAAGGUAUUAUUGGAGGACUGGAAAGGAUGAAAUUGGGACAGGUGUCUGGAACGAAGUUAGUUGCUCACCCUCAAGAAACACAGUAAAUGCAGGGCUAUCAACUUGCUCGACAUCAUGUGUACGAAAUCUGCGUCGGUCUUUGUCCGACAGUAUCUACUAAUCAUACACCGGAACGCAUACAUCUGAUUUAUGUAAGGAUGAUCCCGCGUAAGCAAUUCGCGUCUAUCCCAUGAGCGUGCUCCGAACCUGAGCUCCACAUGCAUUCCCAAUCGCUCAAGCGCUCACUAGCACUAUCCGUGUGCGUUUGGCGGUCUUGCAUUUGUGUGCGUUCUUCGCUUAUCUCCCUCCAUUUGCAAUUAUGUCUGUCCUAAGCUCCAUAGCAUCGCAUUCACUCAUUUCUAUCCUGACUA